AUGGUCGCCAAGCGGCCUGCGGCCACGCGUGCGGCCCGCAGGCGGCCGGCCGCGCCGGGGCGCGGGGCGGCCCCUCCUGCGGAGCUCGCGCGCGAGCUGGGCCAGCAGGUCACCGAGCAGCGCAAGUUUGUCGAGAACGGCUUUGUGCCAGGGUUCGCGCAGGCCCUCAUCUGGCGCGGGUCCGUGGUCCACACGUCAUGCUACGGGCUGGCGGACCCGGAGGCGGGCACCCCAUUUACGGAGGACACGGUCGUGCGGCUGUACUCGAUGACCAAACCGCUGACGGCCGUUGGACUGAUGAUCCUGGUGGAGCAGGGCAGGGUGGGCCUGGACAAGCCGGUCUCUGCCUACCUGCCCUGCUUCCGAAGGGUCCGCUCCGUGCGUCACGCGAACCAGAUCCAGGCGGCGGAAGGAGCUCCAGCGCACGCGGGCCCGACCGUGCGACAGCUGCUCAUGCACACGUCUGGGCUGAGCUACGGCGCUUUCUUCGGCACCGCGGCGCGCUACGCGUGCGAGAAGGAGUACGCAGAGCUGGUCCGUGGGGUCGACGAGGGCAGCGUCUGUUCGCUGGAGUCGUUCGUCGAGGAGCUGGCCAAGCUGCCGCUCCGCUUCCGCCCUGGGGAGCGCUGGGAGUACUCGCACGGGCCCGACGUGAUCGGGCGCGUGAUCGAGGUCGUCUCCGGGCUGCCGCUCAGCGAGUUCCUCGAAAGGCGCCUCUUCAGGCCCCUGCGCAUGAUGGACACCGCGUUCGAGGUCCGCCCGCGCAGCGUGGGCCGGCUCGCCGCCCUCUACCGCCAGGGCCCAGACGGGCGCGAGCAGGACCUGCAGCGGCUCGACGGCGGACAGCGGAGCGCCUGGACGGGCGAGCGCCGCUGCCCGAUCGAUUCUGGCGGCGGCUUCAUGGGCUGCUCCUUCCCAGCCUCCGACGCGGCGACCAGCGUCGGCGGGGCCGUGUCGACGCUGCGCGAUUACGCCCGCUUCGUCGGCGCCCUGGAGAACUUGGGGCGCUGCCCAGAGACCGGGGUGCGCAUCCUCCGGGCGGAAUCUGUGCAGAGCAUGCUCUCGAACUGGCUGGAGCUGAAGAGCGUAGCGGGGGGCAGGAGAAGGAUCCCGGGGUGGCACGACGCGGGGCGUGGCUCCAUCGGCUGGUGCCCCCUGGGGCAGGUGAGCAGGGGCGAGUCCCUGCCAAAGGUCUGGAUGGGCGGCAUCGCCGGCACCUUCUGGGCCAUCGACCGCGAGCUCGGGGUCUCGCUGGUGCACGUCCAGCAGGCCGCGCCCGAGCGCAGCACGGCGCCUCGCUGGGGUGUCGGAGCCAUGUCGGCCCUCGUGCGCAUCACCACGGGCAUCAUGCCCCAGCACAGCCGCGUGGGGGUCUCCAGGGCGAUGGCGCAGUUCGGCGAGGUGAUCCACUGCCACAAGCCGCCGUAUGGUGGGGGGCCUGCGGCUUCGGGGAUCCCGGGCGAGGACUUUGUGAACGUGCGCUUCGCCACCCAGACUGGCGCAGAUGCGGCGUACGAGGCGCUGAAGAAUGGCAGCGUCUUCAUCGACGGCUUCCCUGUAGGCGUCGGCGCGGCGCCGAAGCCCCUCGGGAGCGACGCGCAGUUCGCCAUCGCGAACGGCCAGCGGGCGCCUCCCCGGGAGAGGCGCGCGAGGAGCCCCAGCCCCCCGCGGCCCUACAGCCGCGGCGUCGGCCGGGACCCCGGCGACGACGACGACCGCCGCGGGGGCCGCGACGACCGCCGUGGGGGCAG